GCCGGGCGGGCGCCCGCCGGCGCCGGCCGGCCCGCGCCCGCGCCCUUCGUGGUGAGGGACCAGGCGAGGGACGGCGACUGCCUGUUCCGCUGCUUCUCCGACCAGCUCUACGGGACGCCAGAGCACCACGGCCUCGUGAGGGACAGGUGCUCCACGUACGUCGCCUGCGAGCAGGAGCGGUUCCGGCAACUGUGUGCCGGACCUUUCGAGGAGCUCCUGGCUCGCAUCCGCCGCGAGGGCGAGUGGGGGGACGUUCUGGAGAUAGAGGCGCUGUCGGCGAUGUACGACCGACGCAUCGAGAUCUACGCCCCCGGCUCCCAAGAGCCCAUGCGCACUUUCCGCCAGGAGUGCGGGCCCCCGUCGCGGGAGCCCGUGCGGCUGCAGUACGAGGGCCUGUCGCACUACAGCUCGCUCGCUCGGCGGGGAGGGGCCGCGUUUGCUCCGCUGCUGCGGGGCCCGCCCGGCGAGGCCGAGGACGACGCCAUCCGCCGCUCCAGGCAGCGCCGCGAGGCGGCCCGCAGCGGGAGGGGAGCCGACCGGGCGCAGGCGGACCGGGCAGACGGCGACGACGGCCCUGUGGGCCUCGGGCUCCGCAACGCUUUGCGGUUGUUCUUAAUUAACCAUGGUCGCCUGCGCGAGCAGGAACUGCGCCUCGAGGGCGAGGCGCUCGCUGACCUGCCGCGCUUCGUGGCGAUGGCUAGCAAGGUCGUCGCGACCCGCGCGGCGAUCGCCGUGGCGCGCGGGGGCGCUCUGAUCGAGCAGUGCAGGCACGAGGACGGCGCCCUGGACCCUGACGUCGUGCUCUGCUUCCUAGUGGAGGCGGGGGCGGUCGACCAGACCGUCUGGCGGCUGGUCAGGCAGCAGGCGCAAUCGACGCUGUCGCGGGACGCCGCGCCGCCGCCGCCGCUGGCGCUGGUGCCGCUCCCAGCGCCGCCGCUGGAGCUGGCGCCGCCCCCGGCGCCGCCGCCUGGCGAUGACGCGAUUGUCGCGGCGGAGGUCGGCAGCGUCGACGUCGCCGCCCUUCCCCGCGAGCUGGUAUCUCUGCGCGGCAAGCGUAAGCUGGAUGCUCAGACGCACAGGCGGCAGAGACGCCGCAUCGACUCCAUGAACCACGAGAUCGUCACGGCCACCAAUGCAUUGAAGGUCCUUCCGAACAAACGACAACAGGAGAUUGGCCCGUCCAAGAUGCCAAACAAGCUGGCGUUGCACAUGUGUGGUAAGCGGAAGUUGUCAGAGUAUGGCCAAAUGUCUCUUGGCAUCAGGCGUAACUUAUCGAACAUAUCGACGCACCACGUUGGGAUCUGCCUGAUGCAGGACAUUUCCAGUGCCACGGUGUCAAGGGCAGAAGUAGCCGCCGCAGCGUCCCUGGUUGCGAGCUCCCGCAGCUACUUCACUCGGGUGAAGGCCGAUUGGGCUGGGUGGAAGGCACACUCGCCUCAGGCCACUGCCGCGCCCCUUCCACUAGCGCCACCAUCGGUCGAUGGCGGCGACGCCUCAGAAGUUCCUCCUCUGCCUGAUCCCUCGGCCGAGAUUGUUGCACUUGGCGAGCUGAGCGCGCUUGCGCCCCCGCAGACGCGGCUCGGUCUUACCACGAUCAUGUUCAUGUCCGACGCUACCAACUCCGCGAUAUGGCAGGAACGCAAGCUUCACUGCCUCAGUCUUGAGGUGUACUCUUCGACGGCCGCUGCUGACGAUGUUCAUUGGUGCCAUUCGCUGUCUUCGGGGCGCACACAGUGGAGCGAUGCCUUUUCCCACCUGCAUGCGCUCGCAGACGUCCUCCCAGUUGAAGGUGGCACGCCGGAAGACACCCUCGGACUCAUUGUGAAACACCUCAAGGGGUUGGGAUGUCCACUGUGGGGGCCUGAACUUGAUUUGGGGGCGCACAACGCGACGGACCUCAUUGCUCUGUGCAACGUUACCGACGCUGGCUCAGACCAGCGGGGCGCUCGCAAAAUGUUAUCAGCAAUAUGUGGGCCUCUUGCUAACGUUGUCUAUUUGGACGCCAACUGUUUGGAACACCAAUACCACCUAGUGUGCAAAGGCGGCCUCGACUUGAUCGACGAGGAACUGAAGGUCGCCAAAAAGAAAUGGACUUACUACACGUCGCUGUGCAAGAUUACCAACACCUGGCGUGACUUGGCGAAGGCAGUGUACUCCACCUGGAAGGACCGCUUUGGCAGCAAGUCCGUGACGGAAUUUGCUGGGAGGUUGCCGCCUAAAUGCGUAGCAGGUCGGUGGGGGUCGGUGUUCGCCGUUGAAACGAUGUACGCGGCGGCUGGCCCUGACUUGAUAUGCCCAGUGCUCGAGCAGGUCAUCACGAGAAAAGAUCCCGACGCUGCCGCGCCACAGGUUGGCCCUGCCCCGCUUGCGGACGCUGGCAAAGUAGCGGACGAGCUCAUCGGCUUGGCCGCAGACGAGACGAAAGCUCACAAGGCGAAGGUCGGGAGAUGGCGCCGGGACGUGCUGACGCUGUGCAGCAAGGAGGAACGGCUCUUCUGGACAUUGAUGUCUGUUUCAAGGCGGGUUCACACUCCAGGCGAGCACUUCUCAAACUGUAUGUUGGCUUAUCAGACUCGCGAUGCAGGCUCCAUUAGUAAGACGUCUGGCCCAAAUCCACACAGCGGCGUGGGCGGUGCUAUAUGUGCGUUGGUCCAGGGGAAAGCUGAGUCCAUCUACCUCGAGUACGACGCAAUGGUCGGUGACCCAUGGUGGGUCACGCUUAUCUCCUCUGCUGGCCUCGUGGCGGACGACGCCGCGUUCAUCAAGCGCAUCAUCCCUGCCCUCGUCGCGUACCACGCUGGCGGCUUCUACCGUCGCAUCGUUGAGCCUCUCAAGAG